AGACUCACAGGAGAGGAGCAGCUUUGGCGACUUGGCCAAUAAAGAAGCGCGGACAACCCUCUCACACGGAGUGAAGAGGCAGCGCAACAGGAGCGGACCUGGAGCCGCCACCCCCCACCCACCCACACACACACCAACACCAUCCUCUGGGGUGGAGAGGAGGAUAAAGGCCGAACCCUCCCCGGAGCGCCAGGAGGACACACCGAUGAGAGCGGCGCAGGGACCCUCGGCUGCACACGGAUCAAAACUGGCGGCGCUUUUAGGAUGCAAAAGUCACCGGUGGAAGAUGCAAACUUCCUCUCCAAGUUUGUCUUUUGGUGGAUUUCCCCACUGCUGAGGAAGGGCUUCACUAAAAAGUUGGAUCUGAACGAUGUCUACAAGGCUCCAUCUUUUGAUCUGGCAGACACCCUCUCUGAGAGGCUGGAAAGAGAAUGGGACAGAGAAGUGGUGUCAGCCAAGAGGCCCAAACUCCUCAAAGCACUGGCCAGAUGCUUCUUUGGCCCCUUCGCUUUCUUCGGGAUCCUUCUUUACCUUGGGGAAGCAUCUAAGACUGUUCAGCCUCAGCUCUCAGGUCGCAUCAUUGCUUCCUUUGAUCCAUUCCAUGCUCCUGAGAGGAGUCAGGGCUACUACUUAGCCCUGGGCCUUGGCCUCCUCCUAACCGCUCGCUUCAUCUUGCUGCAGCCUGCCAUCUUUGGACUGCAACACUUGGGCAUGCAAGUCCGCAUCGCACUGUUCAGUCUAAUAUACAAGAAGACCUUGAAGCUGUCGAGUCGAGUCUUGGACAAGAUCAGCACCGGUCAGCUUGUCAGCCUGAUGUCAGCCCACCUCAACAAGUUUGAUGAAAGCCUGGGUCUAGCACAUUUUAUCUGGAUCACUCCUCUGCAGUGUAUACUGUGUACCGGUUUAAUCUGGGAGCUGAUCGAAGUGAACGGCUUAUGUGCCCUGGCAGCUCUGACCCUGCUCGGCAUCAUCCAGGCCUGGCUCUCAAUGAAGAUGGCACCUCACCGGAUGAAACGAGCAGGGAUGAUCAGCCGCCGCCUGGCUCUCACCUCUGAGAUCGUGGAGAAUAUUCACUCUGUGAAAGCGUAUGGCUGGGAGGAGGUGAUGGAAACUAUCAUUAAGAACAUCAGGCAGGAGGAAAUGACUCUCACCAGAAAGAUUGGGUCUCUGCGGUAUUUCUACAGUGCCUCAUACUUCUUCUCCGCCAUCUUGGUGAUCCUCUCAGCCAUUGUGCCGUAUGCACUUACUCAAGGUAUCAUUCUGCGUCGCAUUUUCACCACAGCGUCUUACUGCAUCGUCCUACGCAUGACACUUACCCGCCAGCUGCCAGGCUCCAUCCAGAUGUGGUACGACACGUUGGCGUUAGUCAAGAAGAUUGAGGAUUUCUUGCUGAAGGAAGAAUACAGUGUUCUGGAUUACAACCUGACCACGGUGGGACUGGAGCUGAUCAACGUGUCUGCAUCCUGGGAUGAGGGCAUUGGUGAGCUCUUUGAGAGAAUAAAGGAGGAGAAUAAAACAAACGGACACCAGAGCAGUGAUGACGGGCUCUUCUUCACCAACUUGUACAUCACACCUGUCCUCAGAAACAUCAGCCUGUGUUUGGACAAAGGCACGAUGCUUGCAGUGUCUGGAUCUACAGGCUCAGGGAAGAGUUCUCUGCUCAUGAUGAUCCUGGGAGAAUUGGCCCCAUCAGAAGGUCAAAUCAGACACAGCGGUCGGAUUUCCUACUCACCACAAACCUCUUGGAUCAUGCCGGGUACCAUCCGUGAUAACAUCCUGUUUGGGCUCACCUUUGACGAGUACCGCUACACCUCAAUAAUCAAGGCCUGCCAGCUAGAAGAGGACUUUGCUGUACUGCCAGAGAAAGACAAGACGGCACUGGGUGAAGGAGGAGUGACUCUCAGUGGUGGUCAGAGAGCAAGGAUUUGCCUCGCCAGAGCCGUGUAUAAAGAUGCAGAUCUCUACCUGCUCGAUGCUCCUUUCACCCACCUGGACAUUGCAACAGAGAAAGAAGUCUUUGAAAAAUGUGUCUGUAAACUCAUGGCCUCUAAGACUCGUGUUGUGGUCACCAGCAAAUUGGAGCAUCUCAAACGGGCAGAUAGGAUCCUUCUGUUGCACAACGGAGACUGCUACUUUUACGGCACUUUCUCAGAACUGCAGGCACAGCGCCCAGACUUCAGCUCCCUCCUGCUUGGACUGGAAGCCUACGACAACAUCAAUGCAGAGCGGCGCAGCUCUAUUCUCACAGAAACUCUACGCAGGGUCUCAGUUGACGAAACUGCUGGCUUCAGAGGCCCAGAGCCUAUUCGCCAGUCAUUCCGCCAUGCACCUCCUCAAAACCCUGUUGCAGGAGAUGGCUAUCCUGAAAAACGCAAGCACUCUCUCAUCAUUAACCCUUUUGCUGCUGCCCGUAAAUUCUCCUUCAUUGGGAACAACCAGCCAGUAAAUAAUUUCCAGCCCACAAUUGAAGAAGGAGUUAAUGAAAUGUCUGACAGAAGAUUCUCUGUAGUACCUGAGGACGAUCAGGUAGAAGAGGUUCUCCCAAGGAGCAACCUCUAUCACCAUGGGCUACAGCAUCUCAACGGGCAGAGGCGCCAGUCUGUCCUGGCCUUCAUCACCAAUGCUCAGGGUCACGAGCGCAGAGAACAGAUGCAGUCCUCCUUCAGAAAGAAGCUGUCCAUCACGGCACAGUGCAACCUGGCAUCUGAGCUGGACAUCUACGCUCGACGCCUGUCUAAAGAUAGUGUUUAUGAUAUUAGUGAGGAAGUGGAUGAAGAAGACAUGGAGGAAUGUUUUGCAGAUGAACGUGAGAGUGUCUUUCAAACUACCUCAUGGAGUACUUACCUACGCUACAUUUCUACCAACAGGAGCUUAAUCUACGUUCUCAUUUUCAUCGGAAUUGUCUUUGUCAUUGAGGUUGCUGGUUCAGUCGUUGGGAUUUUUCUCAUCACUGAUAAGAUCUGGAGAGACGGGGCCAACCCAAACUCACCCAACUACAUCAGUGAACUGCCCCCGAAUGCCUCAUCGCCUCCUGUUUUUCUGGCAGUCAUUGUCACACCCACCAGUGCUUACUACAUCAUCUACAUUUUUGUGGCCCAUUCGGACAGCAUACUGGCCUUGGGGGUCCUCCGGGGUCUCCCUCUAGUCCACACUUUGCUCACUGUGUCCAAAAGACUUCAUGAACAGAUGCUCAGUGCCGUGCUACGAGCCCCCAUGUCUGUGCUCAACAACAUGAAAACAGGCAGGAUAAUGAACAGAUUCACCAAGGACAUGAACAUCAUUGAUGACAUGCUACCCUUCAUGCUUUUUGACCUCAUACAGCUUACUCUGCUCGUCGUUGGAUGCAUCUUCACUGUUUCCAUCAUGAGACCAUAUAUCUUCAUUGCUGCCAUCCCACUGGCUGUCAUCUUUGUUGUCAUCAGGAAGUAUUUCUUACGAACUGGACAGCAGCUCAAACAGCUGGAGGCUGAAGCUCGCAGCCCGAUCUUCUCCCACCUCAUCAUCUCCCUGAAGGGUUUAUGGACCAUCCGGGCAUUUGGACGUCAGACAUACUUUGAAACCCUCUUCCACAAGGCCCUGAACACUCACACAGCCACCUGGUUCCACUACCUGUCCUGUCUCAGGUGGUUCCUCUUCCGCUGUGAUGUCCUCUUUGUGAUGUUCUUCACUGCUGCAGCCUUCAUCGCAGUGGGAACUAACCAGGACAAACCAGGAGAAAUAGGUAUCGUUGUGGCUCUGGCUAUGCUCAUUCUGGGGACCUUCCAGUGGGCUAUCAUCACCAGUAUCAAUGUGGAUGGACUAAUGCGUUCAGUGGACCGGGUGUUCAAAUUCAUCGACCUGCCAUCAGAGGAGGUCCUACUGGGUAAAUCUGGAGGCAGAGGAGGUUCCGACUUCAUCAUCAACAACCCCCACAUGUACGACUACUGGCCCAACCGAGGUCAGCUGGACGUCCAGGAUCUCACUGUUAAAUACACCGAAGCUGGGCGAACCGUGCUCAACAACAUCUCCUUCUCUGUGGAGGGGGGGCAGAGCGUGGGUCUGCUAGGUCGAACAGGUUCAGGAAAGAGCACCCUGCUGUCGGCUCUUCUGCGCCUCACAGCCACUGAAGGAGAGAUGUCUAUCGACGGGGUUUCCUCAAGCUCCAUUCCUCUGCAGAUGUGGAGGAAGGCCUUUGGAGUGGUGCCACAGAGAGUUUUUAUUCUGACCGGAUCUUUCCGUAUGAACCUGGACCCUUAUGGACGUUACAGUGAUGAGGAGCUGUGGAGGGUAGCGGAAGAGGUUGGGCUGAGAUCAGUCAUCGAGCAGUUUCCAGACAAGCUGGACUUCCAGCUGGAGGAUGGAGGCAGCGUGCUGAGCAACGGACACAAACAGCUCAUGUGUCUGGCCCGCUCCAUCCUCAGCAAGGCCCGCAUCCUGCUCCUAGAUGAGCCUUCUGCCUACCUCGACCCAAUAACUCUGCAGGUCCUGAGGAAGAUUCUGAAGCAGUCGUUCUCCAGCUGCACCGUCAUCCUGUCGGAGCACAAGAUGGAGCCGCUGCUGGAGUGUCAGUCGUUCCUGAUGAUUGAGAACAGCUCCAUAAAGAGCUACGACUCCAUCCAGAAAGUCAUGACUGAAAUGAGUCACCUGAAACAGGCCAUGAGCCCCGCCGACAGGCUCCGCCUCUUCCCAGCACUUCAUCGUCUCAACUCUACCAAGAGGCCGCCACCCCCUAACACCAAAAUCUCUUCUCUGCCCGAAGAAGCUGAGGAUGAAGUCCAGGACACCCGACUCUAACACACACACACACACACACACACACACACACACACACACACACACACACACACACACACACACACACACACACACACUCACACACACACACGCGGACAAAACAAAGGUUUUAGUCUGGAUCUGGAGGACUCUGGGUCAUUCAUGAAGCAUCAACGGCAGCGUCUCAGUAACCGUGCUCUGCUACAGGAUAACUCUUUUCAUCCUGGAUCACAAUCUGCUACAAUCAGCUUAUUAAAUAUGAGGCGUUCAACAUGGGAAUUGUUUCCACGUUCACCAAAAGUGAAUGUGUUUGUGGUUGUGCUAAACUAAUCAGAGAUUUUUGUCAGAUUGAGGCCAAUAAGGUCAAAAAGAUAAAGCUCACUGCAGUUUAAAGAUGACCUCUAGUGGCCAUUUGAAGCAUUACAUCGUUCCUUCCUUAAUCUGCAGUUGCUGCUUCUGAUGUAGUUCAAAAAUCAAUAAAUCCACAUAAUGAAAACAGACCAGAGGGAAUGCAUCGUUAGCUCUAAUAAAAGCUGUGUGUGUUUCAUUAGGCAGUCUGACCCCAGCUGUCAGCACAUGCAUCACGUGUGUAACGUGCUGACUGAUGCCAACAGUCUGCCAUGACUCAUACUCAUUUUUAUCUACUUGUUUGCACUUUAGAGACAGCCUGGGGUACCUUUCACAGAGAGGAGAAAGAAGGUUUAGUCAAACGGAACAUAAAGGAAGUCUUUAAAUGACACAGAAGGGAAAAAAGUCAGUUAUCUAUUUGACACAUAGUCAUUUCUCAUAGCAGCGUCUGAUCUUUGGAGACAUUUAAACGACUUAAGGAUCAUUUAUUUUUUAUUUUUGUUGAAGGAAAAACAUUUUGCUCCAUCAAUAUUGAAUGAUGUUUUAGGCACCAAUAAGAAAUGUAAGGUACUGUGGAGAAAUGCUUUGAUGUGCUGACUGUAAUUAAAUUAAAGGUUUUUCUUAUUCAUAGGAAAGGAACUGUAUACUGUAUAAAUAAAUGCAUUUGUUAAAUCACUUUCUGUUCUCAGUAAAAGAUUUUGAGAGUUCAAA